AUGUCUCACCCUGAACGUCUGUCCGACCAUGAAUCUCGAAUCAUUGGUGCCCUGCUCGGCGUUCAUGCUGGCGACUCGCUUGGUGCUACCCUCGAAUUCGCCCCACAUGACCUAAUUGCAAGCGAUUAUCCAGGUGGUCUUCGAGACCUUAUUGGUGGAGGGCUUCUCUCGUGGUCUGCUGGACAGGCGACUGACGAUACCGACAUGACCCGCGCGGUAUUGCUAGCUUAUCGAGACUUCCAGCCAGGAGACGAUAUUGCUCGUCUCUCGGCAGAGAACUUCCUAAAAUGGGAGGACGGUGACUGGCCAGGUAGAGAGCUUGGGAGUCGCCCAAAAGAUAUCGGGGAGGCGGUAGCAGAUGGCCUAGAAAAGUAUCGAGAGACACGAGACCCUGACCAUGCAGGAGCUGGUAGGGGGAGGGCCGGUAACGGCAGUUUAAUGCGCUGCAUCCCUACUGGCCUUUUCCAGACUGAUCCGGAGACGCUCAUCGUCGAGAGCGAGCGCAUCAGCCGUGUAACGCAUGACGAUAAGAAAUGUACCGUCUCUUGCGCCGCCUACAACACGAUUGUCUCCCAGUUGAUUAACGGGAGCAGCGCCGCAACUGCCAUCGCCGCCGGGCAACAUGUUGCAAUUGCACUCAAAUCUGCCCAGGUAAACCGAGCUAUCGAGUUGGGAAAAGAACUUAGUAUAGCCACUAUGGCCAAGAAGGGUGCCUCGCCGAAGCUGAAGGACGAUGGUGGUGGCUUUGUUCUUGAUUCCUUAAGCAUUGGCAUUGCGGCAUUGCUGGACAGGCGUGGGCUGGAGGAUGUUCUGGUUGAUGUCGUGCGUAUCGGUGGCGACACGGAUACAAAUGCUGCGAUUUCGGGCGGUUUGCUCGGUGCGAGGGACGGCGAAGAUGGAAUUCCAUUGCGUUGGAGAACAAAGCUACAGUAUGGAGAGGAGUUUAAAAGCAUCGCCCUGGGCUUGUUACGUAGAUCAUUGUGA